GCCCGCCCAGACCAAAGCCCCACGACCGCGGGGGCUUAUCCGCACUCCGACGGUGCCGCCCCAGCUCAGUUUGCUCCCCCCCACACUGCCGCAUCGCCAUGGAGGCAGCCGCCGCCCUGUCCCCUCCCCGUGUCGCCCUCGACGCCCGCGCCCUCUUCUCCCCUCCCUCCACCCUCCUCGCCCCGCCUUCCCCCAACCUCCGCGUCGCCUCCCGCCCGCGCGCCCUCGCCGCCGCAUCCAAGCCGCGGUUCUUGAACCCCCACCCGGACCCCGCUGGCGGCAUCAACAGCCGCGGUGCCAGGGACGUCGUUGCGAUGGUGGUGCCGUUCCUCAGGGGGGCCGCGUGGGAGCAGCCGCCGCCUGAUUUGGCCUCGUUUCUGUACAAGAACCGGAUCGUUUACCUGGGGAUGUGCCUCGUGCCGUCGGUCACAGAGCUCAUGCUCGCCGAGUUCCUCUACCUCCAGUACGAGGACGCGGAGAAGCCCAUUUACCUGUACAUCAACUCCACCGGCACCACUAAGAAUGGCGAGAAAUUAGGUUAUGAGACAGAAGCUCUUGCAGUAUACGAUGCGAUGAGGUAUGUAAAAGUUCCAAUUUUCACACUCUGUGUUGGUAAUGCAUGGGGAGAAGCUGCUUUGCUCUUGGCUGCUGGUGCUAAAGGUAACCGUGCUGCACUUCCAUCAUCGACGAUAAUGAUAAAGCAGCCAAUUGGUCGUUUUCAAGGUCAGGCCACUGACGUUGACAUAGCAAGAAAAGAAAUUCGAAAUGUGAAGAUAGAAAUGGUUAAGUUGCUGUCAAGGCACAUCGGUAAACCAAUUGAAGAGAUCGCUCGGGACAUCAGAAGGCCUAAAUACUUUAGCCCCAGUGAAGCUGUGGACUACGGCAUCAUUGACAAGGUGCUGUACAAUGAGAAAGGCCACGAAGACAGUGGUGUCGUGUCAGAACUCAAAAGAUCAAAUUUGAUAUAGUGUUACAAGUAGACGCAUCUUUGUAAGAUUAGUGGCCAGUCACAUGCCUGUAGAGCACAGACCUGGAUAGCCAAUGCAAUGCACAAGCCAUUCCUUACUAUUUCAAUACGGGCUUUGUCCCAAUGGUCGUGCUGACUGCUGAGAAUUGAGAACUUUUGGUGGGUUUGGAGCGUUGAUUUA